AUGGCCGCCUACCCUUACCGCCCGGGCCCCGGGACCGGCCCAAGCCCCGGCCCACCCGUGGGCGCGGCGCUGCCGGACCAGAGCUUCCUGUGGAACGUCUUCCAGAGGGUUGAUAAAGACAGAAGCGGGGUGAUAUCCGACAAUGAGCUUCAGCAAGCACUCUCCAAUGGCACCUGGACUCCAUUUAAUCCUGUGACUGUCAGGUCAAUCAUAUCAAUGUUUGACCGUGAGAACAAGGCUGGUGUGAACUUCAGCGAGUUCACAGGCGUCUGGAAGUACAUCACGGACUGGCAGAAUGUCUUCCGCACCUACGACAGGGACAACUCGGGGAUGAUUGACAAGAACGAGCUCAAGCAAGCCCUUUCAGGUUUUGGCUACCGGCUCUCUGACCAGUUUCAUGACAUCCUCAUUCGAAAGUUUGACAGACAAGGACGGGGACAGAUCGCCUUUGACGACUUCAUCCAGGGCUGCAUCGUCUUGCAGAGAUUAACAGAUAUAUUCAGACGCUACGAUACAGAUCAGGACGGCUGGAUUCAGGUGUCAUAUGAACAGUAUCUCUCCAUGGUCUUCAGCAUCGUAUAA